AUGUUCGCGAUGUUCGACGCCAAGGACGAGGGCCAGCUGUCCGACGAUGAUUUGCUGCUGCAAUCGUGGGACGACCUGAAGCGGCCCAGCAAGUUCUAUAACGGGUACAACGAGGUGGACCACUACGUCAAGCAAGGCAACCUGGCGGAGUACCUGGGGCUGAAGGCAGUGCGCGCCAUCCACGUGCCCAUCCCCGUCAACCUCAUCUUCAUCGGCUUCAAUGCCUCCGGCGACCACGGCAUGCGCAUGAGGGAGGGCGACAUGAGGCGCUGGCUGCAGCGCAUGGACCACGUGGAGGAGCACACGCGCGCGCCCCUCAACUGGCCCUCCCUCCUCGCCCGCCUCGCUCACACCAUGGGGGCGGGCGGCGAGCUGGUGCGCAGUGAUGAUGAUGACGACGACGACGAGGAGGAGGAGGGGGAGGGGGAGGGGGAGGGGUUAGAGCAUGACCUCCCGCUAAUCAGCAGCGUGCACUACAACUACACGGUGCAUGUGAUGGAGAUGGGCGAGCGCGUGGCGUCCGUCUUCCAAGCAGCAGUGCGCACACUCUCCCGCCCCGACGACCCCACCGCUGCUGCUGCCUCCCACGACGACGACGACGACCCCGCCGACUCGCCCCCGCACCCCCACCACCCCUCCUCCUCAUCAUCAUCCGGGGCGGGCGGCGCGGGGCAGCAGCAGUGGUACCAGGUGGACAUGGGCGCCAUGGCGCAUGUGGUGGACAGCCUGGUGGACUCGCUGCAGCUCGAUGCCUCCGCCUACAACGUGAUUGUGCUCAACCUCAACCGCGCUCGCGCUCGCAGGCGAUAUGGCUACAGUCCCCGCCUCUCUGCGCACUGCCCCUCCCACAUCCCCCUGUGCCUGCCCUUUCCAACCCACCCCGUGCACUCCCGCCGCCCCCCCUCGCUGCCUCCCCACGCCCCUGCUUCCCUGGGGGCAGGACGACCGGCUGAGGCAGCACCUGCUGUCGCCAGGGCUGGAGAAGGUGCCGCAGACGAGCAGCACGUGCCGCAGCCACUCUUCUCCUCGCGUCCGGGUCACAAGCUCGCGUGGCGCCACAUUGAGCCGCAUGAAAUCGUGAGCCGCAUUCCCGGGCCUUGCAGUGAGGUCGCUGCUGCUGGGGCGCAGAGUGUGCCAUGGGCGGCGCGGAUGACAGCGCUGCUGGGCACAGUGGAGCGAGUGGUGAGCGAGCGCGGAGACCCGCGUGCCAGCGCCGCCCGCAAGGCACAGCAGCUGCUCACCUCGGGGGACCCCCGCCGCGCCCGCGCCCUGCGCGCCGCCCUGCAAGAGGCCGAUGCCAGCUGGCAGGAGCAGUGCCUGACUGACACGUGGAUUGGCACCCGCAGGUGGGCGCUCAUGGACCUGUCUGCUGGCCCCUUCUCCUGGGGGCCCCUCUCCCCCGCCCCCCACCGCCCCGCUGCUGCCGCUGCCACCCCCACUGCACCUCUCAACACUGCUGCUGCUGCGGCUGUUGGUGGUGCUGCUGCGGCUGUUGGUGGUGCUGCUGGUGGGGCAGGAGGGAACGGCAGCAGCAGCAGUGUCAUGGGGGAUGGGUGGAGCAGCAGCAGCGUGGUAGCGGUGGAUGUGGGGGCGGGUGGCAGUGCAGCAUGGGGAGUGAGGUCGGAGGCCAGCCUACCCUCCAUAGACCGCUACUUCCAUGCCCUCUCGCAUGCUUCCUCAGAGGCGUGGGAGGGCGAGCUGAGGGGGCGCCUGGAGCGCAUGGCAGAGGAGCGGCUGGAGGCGGUGGAGGAGGGCGAGGGCGAGGGCGAGGGCGAGGGGCAGCACGCGGUGGACGUGCUGCUGGCGGAGCUUGACGUCUACCACACCUUCGCCGCCCGCCACUGCACUCACCGCGCCGUCCCCAGCGCUCUCUGCCGCGGUGGGUGGGUGGGUGCAAGGGGUGGUUGGGUGCAAGGGGUGGUUGGGUGCAAGGGGUGGGUGGGUGGGUGCAAGGGGUGGGUGGGUGCAAGGGGUGGUUGGGUGCAAGGGGUGGUUGGGUGCAAGGGGUGGUUGGGUGCAAGGGGUGGUUGGGUGCAAGGGGUGGUUGGGUGCAAGGGGUGGGUGGGUGGGUGCAAGGGGUGGGUGGGUGCAAGGGGUGGGUGGGUGGGUGCAAGGGGUGGGUGGGUGGGUGCAAGGGGUGGGUGGGUGGGUGCAAGGGGUGGGUGGGUGGGUGCAAGGGGUGGGUGGGUGGGUGCAAGGGAGCUGCAGCAGAAGCUGGAGGAGGUGAAGGACGACCUCGCCAAGCACCAGGGCGGCAGCGCCACGGCCGGCAGCGUCUUCACGGGGCGCAGCGUGCGGGCGGCACUGGAGCGCCUGCACAGCUGGAAGUUCCAGAGUGUGCCGCCCGACAGGCAUGCGGGCAAGGGCGGGGCGGGGGAGAGCAGCCCUGCAGUGACGCGCGCGUGGGACAUGCUCAUGGCUGAGCUGGCGGCCACGCUGGCAUCCGCCAUGCGCCACGUCAUCACGCCGUCCACAGCUGCUGGCGCGUACCACUUCUACGAGCGCGUGUCCUUCCACCUCUACAUCAUCUCCCACCAGGCGUACUACGAGAGGCGCCACACACCACAGUACGUGGAGGAGUUCAAGGCGGAGGUGCAGAAGCUGUGCCUGCCGGGCCAGCGCUUCCACUUCUCCACCUACCGGCUGUCUGUGGCGGAGGACGCGGCCCUGGCGACGGCCUUCUCCGCCUCGCUGCGCGCCGCCGUGCUGCCCUCCGCGGCCGCGGGUGGCAAGGCGUCAGCGGGGGGGCGCGUGCAGCUGUACCUGGACUCGCACGUGCUGCAGCACCAGCUGCGCUCGCUGGGGGACGACAGCCUGCAGCGAUUGAAGCGCAGUCGGGGGGAGCGCGCGCAGCUGGACGUGCCGGUGUUCUUCUUUGCCAUCACGUCAGACCCCAUCCUUAUCGACCAAUCGCUGCUCGCCAAGUCACUUCCUGACAUGGUGCUCUCAGUGCAGCUGCCGCACCGCCACUGGCCCACCGGCGUCACCUGCAACGGCAAAGAGAUGCACGCCGACCUGCGCGACCCCCUGGCGGCAGUGCUAGCGGCCACAAUGGAGCACCUGGCGGGGCUACUGCCAGCUCACAUUUCCUUCUCCGCCGCCCACUCCUUUGUCGUUCAGGACUGGCGGUGGGCGGCGGGGGGGCAUCCCUUGGCGGCCAUCGGAGGGGGCCUGCUGGGAGGAGGAGGGGCGAGCAGCGCUCAUGUGUCAUCACUGCAACAGGACGCCAUGGCGCGGUCGUUCGUGGUGACGGCGCUGGACGAGGCUGUUGCCACUGUCAACCGUGCCAUUGCACACCUCGCUGCUGAGACCACCCGUGAGUUCCCCCUCGCCUGCCUGUGUACCUACCUGUCUGCUGGGAUGUAUGUGCGCUGUGCUACAACUUACGAGGACACGUAUGCGGUGUUCAAGCGGUGGGAGCGGCAGCUAGCGGGGCAGUACAACGCGGUGGUGGAGGGGUGGCGGCGGGUGGCGGCAGCGGUGGAGGCCAUGGACUAUGGGGGCGCGCUGCACCUGCUGCCAGGGAUUGAGGCCGCUGCUGCAAGGUAUGGUGCUGGGGUGAUGGGGCUGUGA